GUGAUGGGAGCGCACCUUCUUUUUUUUUUUUUUUUACACAUAAAUUCAUCCACGCGCACGCGGACGCGCGUCGCCAGGCUUCCGUGGAUGUUUCUGAGGGACUUUUAAAAGUGUAAAAAGUAAAGGUGCGCUUUUGCCAGGAUGCCAUGCACCACCUGGAAUGCAACCUGCGUCUAUGGAAUAUAGCCCGGUGUUCCACGGUCUCCAUGUCGUGCCAUCAUCCCACUUGAAGAACAAAGUGUUUAUUUUCUGCAUUAUGCUCACCCUGUGGGUGUACAUGAUCUACUGUUGCGUGGGCUACAGCUCCACCGUGCCCGACCUGCAGGCGUAUUACAGCCGCGCGGAGCCCCAAGUGGACCCCCGGGGCUCCUCCGUGGGGCCGUUGCGGGAUUUGCUGAAUAACGACAACGACUUGGACAGCAGAGGGGACGACUGGGAGGACGCCGGGAGGACGGACGAUCAUUUAGGGAAUAAUAAUCUCCUCAAUGUGUCGGAGGCUAAUAAACUACCCCAGGCGAUCAUCAUCGGGGUGAAGAAGGGAGGGACGCGCGCCCUGCUGGAGUUCCUGCGCCUGCACCCUGACGUGCGCGCCGCCGGAGCGGAGCCGCACUUCUUUGACAGGAACUACGACAAGGGACUGGAGUGGUACAGGGAGCUAAUGCCCAAGUCCUCCCAGGGCCAGCUGACCAUGGAGAAGACGCCCAGCUACUACAUCACCAAGGAGGUCCCAGCCCGUAUUUAUGCCAUGUCUAAAGACACAAGGCUGAUAGUGGUUGUCCGGGACCCCGUCACACGAGCCAUCUCGGACUACACCCAGACCCGCUCCAAGAAACCGGACAUCCCGUCCUUUGAGAGCCUGACCUUUAAGAACACGUCCGGUGUGAUCGACGCGGCGUGGAGCGCCGUCCAAAUCGGAAUGUACGCCAAGCACCUGGAACGUUGGCUCCAGUACUUCCCUAUGGAGCAGCUGCUGUUUGUGAGCGGCGAGAGACUUAUCAGCGACCCCGCCGGCGAGGUGGCCCGGGUUCAAGACUUUCUCAGGCUCCGGAGGGUGGUCACGGAGAAGCAUUUCCACUUUAACCCAACAAAGGGCUUUCCUUGCUUAAAGAGGCCAGAGGGGAACAGCAAGCCCCACUGUCUGGGCAAAACAAAAGGCAGAACCCAUCCUAAUAUUGACCCCGAGGUGGUGCAGAGACUACGGGAGUUCUACAAGCCCUUUAACCGGAAGUUUUACCAGAUGAUUGGCCAUGACUUUGGCUGGGACUGAAAGGAAGAGCAGCAGGCUCAUGCUAGUUCCUUAUUUGUGUGUGGGUUUUUUUUUAUAUAUAACUGUAUCAUGCAGAAGACGUAGAGAGUAUAUUUGCCAGAUAUGUAAAAAGUCCAAAAGUCUAUUUUAUAAUAAUUUAUUGCUAUGAUUACUAAGCUGUGUAACUUUAGAGUAGACACAUACUUUAAGGCAGUGGUUCUUAACCUUGUUGGAGGUACCGAACCCCACCAGUUUCAUAUGCGCGUUCACCGAACCCUUCUUUAGUGAAAAAUAAAAUGUGGUAAGACUUUAGUAUGAGGAACAUAUUCACCAUUAAUUAGUUGCUUAGUAACAUGCAAAUUAGUAACAUAUUGGCUCUUAAUUAGUCAUUAUUAAGUACUUAUUAAUACCUUAUUCUGCAUGGCCUGUAAACCAUUAACUAAGGCCCCGUUUACACUAUAGCCGGAUAAGGUUAUCCAGGGUAAAUCACACCUAACCUUAUCCGUGUCCACACACACUAAUGCCACCGUUUAAGACCCCCGCCCCCAUCCGUCCGCUGGCGCAAAGCGACCAAAUAAGUAUGCGCGGAAAAUGCCCACCUCUAGUGUUGCUUUGUGUGCAAGUUCUUAAAUUUAACUUAUCUGAACAAUAUCCAGUGUUGUGGUAUUUCAAUGAACUGGAAUCCAGUGUGCUGUGGGGCCCUAUUGUAGUGAAUCACACCUGAGCCAUCAUAAAUUAAUCAAAUCUUUCUUAGACACGUAAACAAUGUGAUAAAGAACAUUUUACAUCAAUCAAACUAGGGAUCUAAAUAUCUGGUAAGGACACUCCUCACUCUUUUGCCUUCACCUUCAUUGUCCAUUCCUUUUUGGUGACUUUAUAUACUCUGGACCUAGACGUUGAGUCCGAGACAUAUAUGGCGGACAAUAACGGAUACAGUCUGCUUUGCCAGUCCAAAAGCAUUCGCCGUUUUCCGUAGUUAGUUUUCCCUCGACGGCCAGGUAAUACAAAGCACACGCUAACUUUUUUAUCACAUCCACUGGAGCCCGCAUUCUCGUUGUCUCUCCUUCGACGAAUGGACAAAGUUUUUCGCGCAUUCGAAAGUUCUCCAGCCGUCUGAGAAGUGUUGUAUCCCAAAUAGCUGCAAUCGCUUUCUCUUAAAGGGGAACAUUAUCACAAUUUCAGAAGGGUUAAAACCAUUAAAAAUCAGUUCCCAGUGGCUUAUUUUAUUUUUUGAAGUUUUUUUCAAAAUUUUACCCAUCACUCAAUAUCCCUAAAAAAAGCUUCAA